AUGACUAAAUCCACUAACACUUCCGGUAACACUCGGAUCAUCAACACCACAGAGGAGAAGAAGAAGAAGGAUAACUCAACAACAACAAUACCUCAUACCUUCGCUACUCAGUUUGAUGAGUGUAUAAGAUUGGAAAAGGAGAAGUUAGCUAAAGUUGAGGAGAAGAAUCUAAGACUAGAGGAAUAUAUUAAACGAUUGAGGGAGGAUAAGAUAAGAUUAACGGAUGAGUAG